CGCCAUUUUGUUUACAAUGGCGGAUUGACAACAUUUUCUUCCGGAUAUUUCUGUCCCGUUUUCUUUAACAAUUCAUGUAGGAAAGAAGUGAUAUAUUUUCCUGUUGAAAUGAUAUGAUUAAGUAAUGCCUACAACAAUGAUGCAAGUAAGCCAGCCAGUCUCCCACCCAAUCGGUGGGCAGACAAUAAAACAGAUGCCUGCAAUGAAAUCUGUGCAAAAAUCCAAACAAGUCAGCAUUGAAGUCGUGGAAAAGUCUAUGUGUAAUCCUGGAGAUCUUGGAAUUGAAGUUGUUGAUAAACUUGUGUGGCAAAACUGGCAGCCUGGCCGGGAGUAUACUAAAAAUAUUGUGCUGAAGAAUGUUAAAGUGAAGACACAGAAAAUCAAAUACAAUGUUCCAAACACACGAUUCUUCACAACCUUGUACCCAAAGCCAGUUGUGUUGAGUGCCGGGACAAGUUUCUCUCUGCCUGUCACCUUUAGACCACUGGAAAAAUCCUUGUACGAAGACAAAAUCAUCUUCCAUACAAAGGAGGGUGUGUUUGAGAUCAUCAUCAAAGCUGUCCUGCCCGAAUAUGACAUUGAGGUUCCGGAGCGUCUUAACUUUAACAUGUGUGCUGCCCAGGACCAUGUGGAGGCAACAUUUGAAGUGAAAAAUUCAGGAGACCUGAAUUCUGAGCUAGAAUGGGAAAUAACAGAACCGUUUACCAUUCAACCUGAGGUCACAAAACUACAACCUGGAGAGGUCAAAACAUUCAAGGCCACAUUUAAACCUGGGUCUGCAACUGUGUAUGAAGCCACAGCAGUCUGCAAGUAUGGACAAGAGGGAGAAUUAUCCAAGAUAUCAACACUGGUCGGCAUUGGAAAGUACCCACACAUUAUUGUCUCUGCCGUGGGCCGGCCAGCCACGACAUUGAACAGAGACACCUUAGAAGCCGUCGUGGAGUUUGGACCGACAGCUGUUGGUACGACGGUACAGAAGAUGGUGGAGCUGCAUAACCUUGCACCCGUACGAGCCCCGUACAAGGUGGAACACCCCUCUGCUCUUAGCAGAAUUGAUACAGUAUUUCAGUGUCCUAAAAUGUCCGGCAUUGUCCCACCUAUGUCGUCAGUGAAAAUACCUAUAACUUACAACCCUAACAUGGUAGAGGUCACAAGUGUGGAUUACUUCAACAUCACGGCCAUCGGCAAAGUGAGCAAGAGUGUCAUCAAAUGUGUCGCCUCUUCUAAAGGCCCUGAGGUCCAGCUAGGCGCAAGAGUGGUAAACUUCAUGCAGAUAAACGUCGGGGAGAAAGCUACAAGGACCAUUGAUAUUGUCAACAACUCAGAUAUUGAUGCGGUCUUUCAGUUUGAGAUUGACUGUGAGGAAAGCGUAUUCAAGUUCCAGCACUUGACAGGCACACUGAAGGCCAACUCAACCCGAACAAUAAUCCUCAACUUUGCCCCCACCCACCCCAUCAACUACCACCGACGUGUAACAUGUAUGAUACAUAAUAGGGGCCCACUUUUCCUUGACCUACUGGGCACAGCCCACUCAGAACUUAUAAAACCAGCAGUUAUACAGAGCCACCACCUAGACAAUUAUCGUACACAUGUAGAGCGAGGGUUCUCCGUUUUCCCACCAGAACAACUCAACGAACUCCGACAACAGGGUCGACUGGAGCUUGAUGAUGCUGGUGCACUGAUGGCCCCUGUGAAAGAGGAUUAUGAGGUAGAGCCAAUAGAAAUGCUUCGCUUUGAGAACAGCUAUAAAAGGGCCCCGCCCCCCUCAGGGGUAUUGAUCGGCACCGUGGAGAACCCUACAGAGCACGCCCUCCAUCACUACCCGCCCAUGGACGAGUACUUCAAUGAUGGGUACCACUCUGAUGUUGUGAACUUUGUGCCUCAUGUGAGCACGGACAUCCAUGUUGUGGACUUUGGCAACUGUCAGAACCUGAGAGUGAUUGAGGACCGGGUUAUAAAUGUGACAAACCACACAAAGGGCAAGAUCACUAUACAGUGGGGAGCAGGUUCAGAGAAGACCUUUUCAGUGACCCCGGAAGUAAUUGACAUCCCGCCACUGAAAUCCUGUGCCUUCCAAGUGAAAUUUAGACCAAAUGCCCCCAACCAGUUCUUUGGAGCUGAGCUCGAGUGUUAUGCAUAUUACAAGAGCCUGCGGGACUACAAACUUGUAGAAGACAGCACCCAUUCCCCACCCUGGUGUCUAACACUCAACUGUACUGGUCACACAUUCAUGCCAAACAACGAGACAUUCCUGCCGCGAUACACUCUGGACUCCGCUCAGCUCGUGUUUCCCGCGGUGAACACCAAGGAGUCGACCUAUCGCACACUGUUGAUGACCAACAACGGCACCACACCCAUACUUUUUGAUCUGCAGAAAGACCCAUCAAGCACAUAUACUGUGAAGCCGGCCAAAGCAUUGUUGAAGGGCGGCCAGCAGAUUUUUGUGGUCAAGUUUCUGCCCAAGGAAGUGAAGACCUACAAACACAAACUCAAGAUGAGGCUUAACGACAACACUAAAUAUGAUAAGGAGUUGCAAUUGGUGGGUUCGGCGGAGGCCCCGCAAGUAUUGUUAGACACACAGGGUGAAAUGUUCUUUAAGCCAACCUGCAUUGGAACCUCAUCCAAACGGACUUAUGCCAUCAAGAAUGUCUCUAGAAUUCCAUUGAGGUUUGAGUGGAAACUACGGUUUGCCGACAAAAACCUGUUGUCUGUCACCCCUGAAUCUGGCAUUAUACAACCAAAUGAAAGCCUGUCCCAAAUAUGGUCGUUUAUCCCCAAACAAGAGCAGAAGUAUCUUAUGAAGCCAGCUCUGGUUGUAUGGGGUCAGGGAUUCAGCUCUACUUCAUCUGGGGGCAAGAAGAAACAGUUUGAUGUGCGGGCCAUAGGGGAAGGAUCUAUUGGUGAUAUCAAGGCUGAAGAGAGUUACCUAGACUUUGGAGACGUUAUUGUUGGAAGCACAGGCUCCAAGCACAUCACACUGUUCAACAACAGCUCAUGUAGCCUUCACUACAGGCUGUCUAUUGACCAAACACUGGAUGGACCCUACCCAGAGGAGAUGACGAGAACAGAUGACAUAGGUCUUGAGCUGGACCAGAUGGAAGGUGUGAUACCAGCAAGGUCACGCCAAGUCAUCUCCGCCAUGGUCAGACCCAUACGUAGACUUACCUACCAGUUUGCUAUUUCAUACCAGCUUAUUACUCCUGAAGAUGAGUCAAAUGCCUCCCGUCAAGAGCCCCAGCAUCUAUGUCAUGUUUUGACGACUGGAGUUUUCCCAACUAUGUCUGUCACGGAUGCCAGAUGUUUUGGAAGCUCUGUUGGUAUCAGCAAGAAACAGCUGUGGGCCCUCUUUUCCCUGGACAACUUCAAUGUCUGCUUGGACUCUGACCCGUCAGCCCGUGAGUUGAUGUACAGUGUACAGACGCGACACAGCCACAAACGUAGACCACCGGUCUACACGCGAGCCAUCAUGGACUUUAACUUCAGCGCUGCACCUCUAGGUAGUGAGGCUUGCUUCGUCAACCUCAUGUUUGAGAAUACUGGAACUGUGGCAACUGAAUGGUCAUUCCUGUUCCCAUCAGACCUUCACAUGGAGCUGGAAUACUGGGCUGAGACCGGGGAGUUUGAUGAGGAUGAACUACAUGAGAUGAAGGUGAUGGACAAUAACCUGUUCACAAUCGAACCAAAGAAGGGUCGCUUGGAGCCCGGAGAGUGUGGGAACGUGACCUUCAGCUACAAACACUCAAUAGCUGGCACUGAUAGACUGCCGGUGCUGCUGAAGCUGGCUAGAGGGAGGGAAAUAUUACUAAACUUCAUUGGAGUGACAGUGGACGCAGACAGGCGAUACAUCCACUUCCCGUCCAGUAAACACAUGUUUACCCCUGUGCCUGUGGGAGAGAAGAUCAGCCCUAAACAGGUGUAUGAGCUUUAUAACGGAGGAGCAGUGCCCGUCCAGUACCAGUUUGACUUGACUUCCCUUGACCUGAUACGCCAGGAGAACUUUGACCAGCCCAUCUUUGAGUGCAUCAAUCCCAGCGGGGAAAUCCCUCCAGGGAGGACUCUAAAUAUUGAAUGGAGGUUUUCUCCGAUUGAGGCAAAAACGUACAUGGUUGAUGUUCCAAUUCAUGUCCACAACGGUGACACUGCAAUCGUCACAUUCACCGGCGUGGGCUAUGACAAGAGGAUCAUGGGAGAUACGAUGCCGAUGACGGACCAACAGGAUCUGACAGGAGUGCCGGGAGUUCAGAGUGUCCCAGUCCCAGGACAGCUUGCAUUCCUAUCCCAAGAGAGAAUCUCAUUCGGCAACUUACCGCUGUUCUGUCGGGGACGCCGGAUGGUGUUUGUUUCGAACAGGUCCAAGACCCGCCCUGUCACAUUUGAAUGGCAUGUCACCUGUCCAUCAGACAGCCAGUUCCUGUCCAUUGGUCCAGUGCGUGGCUAUCUGAACCCUGGGGAGUCUAAGAUGUGUCGGGUCAACUUUAUAGCCACAGGUCAACCCUCGUUCUAUGACCUUGACCUUGUGUGUGAGGUGACUGAUCAGGUAGAAUUCAAUCAAUACAAGGACAGGCUCACAGAGUGGGAAGCUGAGAGGAUGAGACAGAAGUACGAGUUCACCAUCACGGAAGAAGAUCUGGAUGCUGAUAAGCGCAUCGGCAGUCCUGAGGUCACUGAGCGUCCACCAUCUAGACCUAAGACAAUGGACGAGGAUCUGAGGGCCAGUGAAUCCGACUUUGUCAAGUAUAGGACACUGCCACCAAUCAGCAAGCUCUCCCCUGAUGAAGAAAAACAACAAUGUGAGCGUCGUCGAAGAAAUGAGGAUAUUCUCUGGGAGAAACCAGAGCCCCCGACCCCAUUCCUGCUUCAUCUCGGGCUUACAGCUCGCACCCAUGACAUCAGAGCAUUCCAGAUCAACUUUCCUGAUGAAUACAAGAAGUUCUAUGUUGAUAGGUGCUUGAGUGAGCAGGCAAAAAAGAAUGAAGCAGAAAAGCCAAAACCAGCACAGACAGAUGCAGUCGAGUGUAAACAGUCCGAAGCUGAUGUCGUGUCUGGGGUCAUGGCAAACGUUCUAAGAGGUUUACUGGAUGACUCUGCCUUCUUUGAGAGUGUUGUCAAGGUCAUGAAGGAUCCAGUGCCCUACUUUGCCCAGAUCGGUGAACGUAGGGCCCCAGAAGGGGGUCAAUCCAGCCCCUCAUCCCCUGGGUCCCCAGUUGAGACUACCUUUGGAGAAAUUCAUCGCCCGACACCACCCUCACCUGUGUCAUCAGCGUCAUCAUCGUCAUCCCGGCGUAAACCAAGGAGUAACAAGUCAUCAGCUGCUUCAGAAAGGAGCAAGCAGGCUAGCACCCCUGAGACCAGAGUGUCAAAAACGAGCACCCCUCGUCACUCACUGUCGGAGAUACGGCGUGUGAAGGAUGAGGAACAGAAGCUGAAACAGAAGCAGGAGAUGAAAAAACUACCAGAAUUCGGAAACACGGUUGAAAGCGUAAUAGAAAACACACUGCUGAACGUCCUAACAGAAGCCUUAGAGGGAGAGUUCAAUAUUACAUCCAGACCUAGAUUCAUUGCCCUCCCAAAACGAAAUGGAUCCUCCUCCAGUAAGCUUGCAGGGAAUUCUGGGAAGGCAUGCAAGUGAGGCUGACUGUGUUACCUAAAAUAGACUGGUUUACUGGUUUUGUGAGAAUUUCAUGUUUUUUUUUAAUUUGUUGACUUUUGUUAUUUUUGUUGAAUAAAAGUGUGGACCUGUGAAGGAGUCGUGGAAUAUGUGAAAACUGAUCAUAAUAGUUAGGGUGAGAAUAUAUCAAUCAUUAUGGUAAAUAUUGUCAAUAUAUUGACAAAAAAACAACAAUGUUAAAUGUAUUUAACACUACUUUGAUAGGAAAUGUUUGUAUUUUUCGAGAUUUUUUAUUUAAAUUUCAAAAAAUGUAUGACAUUGUAAAAAAAAGUAGUUAUUUUUGUUACCAAUGAUAAAACAGAACAAUCAUUAUUUACCCAAUAUUUUUCAAAAAUUGGAACGAAAAAAACAAUAUAUACAUGUUAUGUGGGCAAACUCAAUGACAUGGGUAAAAUUGCGUUAUCAAAACUUUUAAAAAUGUUGGUCUAAAGUAUUGGAAUAAAUAUCAGGUGUAUAUUUGCCUGCAUAUUUAUUAUCUAAAUGUUGCUUCAUGCAUUUAAAUACAACAUUUCUAGCUUGUCUUUGAAUAUCAUUUGCUGUUGAUAGUUGUUAUAAUCGGUGCACUUUCAGUCUAGCGGGUCCUUCAAAACCACCAAGUUCAAACACCCAAAAUAGUAAUUUAUCAAAUAUAUAUUGAAAUGGAAUAUAUAGCUUAAACAUUAAUUUGGGUGGGGGCGGUAUUGGAGGCUACUGCCCCUGGGACCCCUGCCCCACCGCCAUCCACAAAACCAAGUUUAUUCAUGCAAAAUAGUUUUCUAUCAUUUUGUUACAAAAGGGGACCGCUAAACUGGAAUCUACUCAUUGCAUUAUACAUCUAUUGUUGUUUUUUACUACGAAAUAUUGAAAAAAAAAUAUUAAUUUUGUUCACUGAUUUUCAUUCACUUGUUUUAUCAAUAUACUUACAUGUAUAAACUUGCUUCUGAGCAUUUCCAUAGAAAAAAGUAUUUAUUUUACACUAUGUCUGUGAUAUGUUUUACAGUAUAUUCAAUUUAUUGCAGUUAACAGUUACUGUGAAUAUAUCAGUGUUUACAUUUUAUAUUUAGAAUACAUAUUGCUGAGAGACUUGUAUUUGUGUGAAUUGUUCAAAACUGCUGCCGUCCAUUUUAUUCGUUAUCAGUAAAAAUGCGUCGUAUCAAGGAGCAAGUAACGUUUAUAAUCAUUAAGUUAUGAAAUCAAGUUACGUAGAAAUCCAGUCAUUGAUUAAUAUAAGGAACCUUAAUUAUAUGUCAUAGUUAUAUUUUCAUUCCUUUUUAGAACUGUAUUUACUUGAAAAUUGUACUAGAUGCAAAACUAUAGUUGUCCUUGCUUGUUGUAAGUCUUUGACUGAUAAUAAAUUAUAUGAUCAUAA